CACCAUGCAUAUACAUACACUCACUAUAUAUACGAACACAUACCACAUUUUCUUUCCUACUCCAUACUCUACCAUCUUUCUUUCUUUCUUUCUUUCUUUCUUUAAUGGACUUCUCGUCUUCGAUGAAGAAAUCAUUCAGAUCUCAUGGCUCUUACAACCACUCAAGAAAGAUCUCUGCUGGUGGUGGAGACGAUAUACACCACGAAGAACAGCCAAUUCUUUCCGAUCACGAGGAUAAGACCGUCACAGUCGAUCUUGACGACCGCCAGGAGGUUAUCGUGAAGAUUGACGGCGGAGAUCAGGUGGAACCAACUGCAAGUGGCCGUAAGAUUUGGCGGGAGUCUAGUUAUGAGUUCUGGAAAGAUGGUGACGGAGGUGAGGAUGACGAUGGCGAGGGUUUUCAAUUUCAGCGGCAGAGGGGGGUGGUGGAGGAUCCUCCAUCAAAGCUGAUUGAGCAGUUCUUGAGUAAGCAGAGAGAGGCUGGAGGUGAUACUUUAUUGGAUAUGGAUUUUGAGAUGGAUAUGGAUGAGCUCAAUCGAAAUAGUUGCACUCGCAAUUCACCUCCUCUUCCCGAGAGUCCGAUUGAUAAAAACCCUAGCGAUCACAGAGUUUCGAAUUCAAAAGAGGUAAAGGUCUCGUUUCAAGAACUUUCCUCCAAUUUGGUCGAUAUAGAGUCGGAACAUUUGGAAAAGCAAUGUAAAGAAUCGUCUGAUGAGGAUGAGCACAAAAAAGGAACUCAAUGUGAUGGAGAGGUUUUGAGGUGUACCUCAUUCAAGCGGAGGCCGACUAUGAUGAGGAUGAAGACGAGAUCGAGAUUGAUAGACCAGCCGGAACACCCGGAUCCGAGAUCUGGGAGAAUGGGGAAAUCGGGUCAGUUGAGGUCUGGGAUGAUAGGGAAGGCCUCUGGAAUGGUGGGGAAACAGACGGAUGAGGAAGAAGAGGACCCAUUGUUUGAUGAGGAUAUUCCUGAAGAGUAUAAGAGGGCAAAUCUCAGUGCUGUCACUCUGCUUCAAUGGGUCAGUCUUGUAUUCAUUGUGGCGGGUUUGUCUUGUGCUCUUUCAAUUCCAAGAUUGAAGGGUCAGAAACUUUUGGGGCUCCAAUUGUGGAAAUGGGAGGUCUUGGUUCUAGUUUUGAUAUGUGGUAGAUUGGUUUCUGGUUGGGGGAUUAGAAUUGUUGUUUUCUUUGUUGAGAGGAAUUUUCUUCUGCGAAAAAGGGUAUUGUAUUUUGUGUAUGGAGUGAGAAAGGCCGUUCAGAAUUGUAUUUGGUUGGGUUUGGUUUUGAUUGCUUGGCAUUCAAUAUUUGAUGAGAAGGUGGAGAGGGAGACCAAGAGUAAGUUCCUUCAAUAUGUGAAUAAGAUAUUGUUGUGCCUAUUGAUGGGUACAUUGUUCUGGCUUGUGAAGACUCUCAUGGUUAAGGUUCUUGCGUCUUCGUUCCAUGUGAGCACUUUCUUUGAUCGAAUUCAGGAGUCACUGUUUAAUCAAUACGUAAUCGAGACACUAUCAGGUCCUCCUUUAGUUGAAAUACAGAACACUAGGGAAGAAGAGGAGAGGACAAUAGUUGAGAUUAGGAAGCUUCAGAGUGCCGGGGUCAAUGUGCCCCCUGACCUCAGGGACACUGCCUUCCUGCCAAACAAGAGUGGGAGAGUUGUAGGGAGUGGGGGACUCCAGAAAACAAGCAGAGCAGCAAGCAUAAGGUAUUCUCAACCAACUCCAAAGAAGCAAGAAGAGGGGAUAUCAAUUGAUCUUUUGCAUAGGCUGAAUCCUAAGAAUAUCUCUGCCUGGAGUAUGAAGAGGUUGAUGAAAAUAGUUCGGCAUGGCUUCUUGACUACACUGGAUGAGCAGAUACUAGAUUCGACACAGGACAAUGAGUCUAAUACACAGAUUAGAAGUGAAUUUGAGGCAAAAGUUGCCGCAAGGAAGAUAUUUCGAAAUGUGGCAAUGCAUGGGUCCAAGUUCAUUUACUUGGAAGACCUGAUGCAUUUCAUGCAAGAAGAUGAGGCUUUGAAGACUAUAAGUCUCAUGGGAGGAUCGUCUGAAAGUAAAAAAAUUAGCAAGUCAUCCCUGAAGAAUUGGGUGGUAAAUGCUUUUAUAGAACGAAGAGCGCUUGCCUUGACACUGAAUGACACAAAAACAGCUGUCAACAGACUUCAUCAGAUGGUGAAUGUAUUGGUUGGCAUCAUCGUAAUGAUUGUCUCACUUGUUAUACUUGGAAUAGCAACCAGCAAAUUUCUUCUCUUUCUGAGCUCUCAGGUUGUUGUAGUGGCAUUUGUAUUUGGAAACACCUGCAAGACAAUUUUUGAAGCUAUCAUCUUCUUAUUUGUGAUGCACCCAUUUGAUGUGGGUGAUCGGUGUGAGAUUGACCAGGUUCAGAUGAUUGUAGAAGAGAUGAAUAUCUUAACUACCAUCUUUCUGAGAUAUGACAACCAGAAGAUCAUAUAUCCAAAUAGUACUCUUUCAACAAAACCCAUCAGCAAUUACUAUCGUAGUCCAGACAUGGGAGAUUCGGUUGAAUUCUGUGUACAUAUUGUAACUCCAGAAGAGAAAAUUGCUAUCAUGAAGCAAAGAAUAACAAGUUACGUGGAUAGCAAGAAGGACCACUGGUAUUCUCCACCGACUGUUGUGCUGAUGAACCUGGAUGAGUUAAACAAGCUGAAAAUGGCAGUGUGGGUGAGGCAUAAAAUGAACCACCAAAACAUGGCGGAGAGGUGGUCAAGGAGAGCCCUUUUGGUUGAAGAGAUGGUUAAAAUUUUCAAAGAACUUGACAUUGAAUACCGCUUGCUGCCACUUGACAUCAACAUCCGCAGCAUGCCUCCCCUGAACUCCACCCAGCUUCCCCCUAACUGGAAUGCUUCUAACAAUUGAGCUAGAAGAUGUAUUAGUUAGUUCAUCACUUGUGAGAUGCAUAAAACAAGUACCUUGGUGAUGCUCAAGCAUCCCUGAGGGCUAUACAGAUUGCAGGAAAGUCAUGAAAACGAGGAUUAAGAAUUCUGUUUCCUCAAUCUGCUCUCCUGCAGAAAUUUUGUCUCUUUUUUCAGAAAUUUUUUAUAUUUAUUAUAUUAGUUUUCAUUUAGCGGCUGAUAAUCAAAUAUGUACGAGCAGAGCAUUGUUUUAUCAGGAUUUUUUAUUCAGAUUUGGUCACAGAUUUUUUUUUAUUUUUUUAUGACUUGCUUAUCAAUUUUGGUUGAAUUUAUCUCAUUUCCUUGUUGCAGGUCAUGAGCAUAUCUAAUUAUCUAUACCAAAGAACUAUAAAUAACACACUUAUAAUGGAUUUGAGAGGAUUCUAUACCAGCACAACUAGUUUUCUUUUGAAAUGGUUAUUAAUAUAUCAAAAUUAUG